GUCCCUCUUCUCCCCGCCUCCGCACCGCGGCGCGCUCGGGCUCCGGAGCCGUCAUGGGCGCCGCCGCGUGGGCAUCGUCCCCCUUGGCGCUGCGUGUGUCUCUCUUGCUGCUGAUUCUGCCGCUCCCGGGGCUGCCCGCGGGCUCCUGGGACCCGGCGGGUUACCUGCUCUACUGCCCAUGCAUGGGGCGCUUCGGGAACCAGGCUGAUCACUUCUUGGGCUCCCUGGCUUUUGCAAAGCUGUUGAACCGCACCUUGGCUGUACCCCCUUGGAUUGAGUACCAGCAUCACAGGCCUCCCUUCACCAAUCUCCAUGUGUCCUACCAGAAGUACUUCAAGCUGGAGCCCCUCCAGGCCUACCAUCGAGUUAUCAGCCUGGAGAACUUCAUGGAAAAGCUGGCACCCACUCACUGGCCCCCCGAGAGGCGGGUGGCAUACUGCUUUGAGGUGGCAGCCCAGCGAAGCCCUGAUAAGAAGACGUGCCCCAUGAAGGAAGGAAAUCCCUUUGGCCCAUUUUGGGAUCAGUUUCAUGUGAGUUUCAACAAGUCUGAACUUUUUUCAGGCAUUUCCUUCAGCGCCUCCUACAAAGACCAGUGGAUCCAGAGGAGCCCCUGAGCAGCCUCUCCAGCUCUCCAGCCUGAAUAUCCUCGUGGUUGAACGGAAGGAGCCCUGUGGCAUCUGCCUCCGAGGGCAUAGAGCGCGUGGUUCAUCGUAGGGGGCCAGCCAGUAUUAGCAGUUAAUAUUAUUAUUCACAUGCUUUAUUUCAUAUAAAGAGAAACUUUGGGAAACUCUAUGAAGUGGGUUUAAUGAUUGAUUUUCAUUUGGCAGAAAAGGAAACAGCUCAGUGAAGUAAGAUAGCUUGCCCAGGGUAACCUAGCUGUUGAGAGGGCAGCUGCAGGCCGAAUGUAACUCUUUAAUACAUAAUAAAGCUGCUAUUUAUUUAGUGCCUACUGCGUGCCAAACACCGUUCUAAGUUUUCAUUUCACUACCUAAGUCUUCUAAGGUGAUAACUCAUUGGAUCCUUCCACAAGUCUGUGCGACAGGAGUUACUGUCUUCUGUGCUUUACACAUAGGGAAGUUGAAGCAAAGAGGAGUGAAGUCUCUUGCCCAAGGUCGUACAGCUUAAAGUGGCAAAGCUGGGAUUUGAACCCAGGCAGUCUGA